ACGAAAAUAAUCUGUCAAUCUGGGGGCCGUGAAGAAAAGCAACAAAAUCGCACAGCCUCUGGCAAUCGUAUAAUCCAAAGCAGCAACCGCAAAACACUCGAAAAUGGUUCUUUGUAUGUACUUUCUGAAUAACAGUUGCCGAUUUGGCUCCCGAUGCAACAACGAGCACAUCGACAUUGGGUCGAUUGUAAAAACUGAAGUGGACGUGUCGCUGAAAGGCAACCAAUGGCCACUGUCGUGUUUCGGACCGUUCAAGGAGCGAAACUGCAUACCAAGCUUUAUAGAAGAUCUCAGCUUCGAAGAGAUCCGGAUGAUGUAUCUGGAGGCCAAAAUGCAAAACAACAUCCCAGCGCACCAGAUGCAGCUGGCGCAGAUGAUCAAUGACGCCAAAACAAAGAUGCAAUGUCUCACUACAAUGAACAGAGACAUUCUGAACACGUUGGUGGAAAUUUACAACCAGCAGGAAAGCAGCGCCAAACCGACCAACGCUCCAUUGAACACGUUUGCAUCGAUUGGAUCGGGUGGAAGUAAUGCUCCGGCGUCCGGCAUAUUUGGCAGUGGCACUAGUAGCAAUGCGUUCGGAUCUGGAUUCGGAUCCAGCGCUGCCAUCGGUGGUAGUAACGCUGGCACUGCCGGCAGUAUAUUCGGCAGCGGUUCCAUCACCGGCCAAGCGUCACAAUCAGCUGGCAACAUCUUUGGCACAGCUGCCUCCAGCACCGGCAACAUAUUUGCCAAACCUGCACAGCAACCUGCCGCUGGAAAUAUCUUCGGCAUGCCACAACAACCGAACCCCGUCUUUGGUGGUCCUGCCGUGAUGGGCGGAGGACUGUUUGGAAGCAUACAGCAACCACAACAACCACCUGCCCAAAAUGGGGCAUCACUGUUUGGCGGUGUGACAACGGCCACGAAUCCAGCCGCCGGUGGCAACCUCUUUGCCAGUGCCGCUACCAGUACAUUUGGGCACCCUUCGGGUGCUGGUUCCGGGUUUGGUGGAGCUAGUAUGUUUGGCAACAAUGCAGCAUCCUCUACUCCCGCUCUUGGAGGGUUUGGAACGAUGGCCGCAGCCCAGCCACAGCAAAGCAGUGGUCUGUUUAAUACCGUGCCUUUCGGCAGCAGUGCCCCGACGACUGCGUCUUUUGGAUCAUUUGGUUCAUCGAUGCAGGCUGCACCUUCAGCAAAUGCACCCUCAUCACAAAAUUUGUUCCUGUCCACACCAGCGGCGAAUCCGUUCGGCGCUGCUUUGGGUGGGAAUGCUUUCGGUGCGCCAGCACAGGCUACGACAGUCCCACAAUCAGCUACUAUGUACAGCAUUCUGGAUAACGUUACAGCGGAGCAUUUGGCUGCCUUUAAGGCCGAUCAGUUUCAACUCGGACGAAUUCCAACUGUACCACCACCAAAAGAGCUGUGUCACUGAAAGAGUGAACUCCUGCAAAAUAUUAUUGUCGUGUCACAUACGGGCCUUUCUAUUGUUA